UUUCCUGUUCACAGCUGUCCUGCCCCUCAAAAGAAGGAGCACCGAAGAGAGGAGGGAGGUUGGUCCCUCUCGCCUGUCGGAGUUUCUGGUCAUUUCAUCUGGGUCCCUCACCCUUGGGUGACCGCCCCUUGGUGUGGAGAUACAGGCAGAUCAGCGAGGCUGACAGGCUGUCAUGGCGACCAGUGGGGACCCAGAGGAGGAGCAGGUGGUUCCAGGCGAAGAGGAUGAAGCCGACGUGAGGGCCGUGCAGGCGCGGUACCUCCGGAGCCCCUCCCCCAGCCAGUACUCAAUGGUCUCGGAUGCAGAAACAGAAAGCAUUUUCAUGGAGCCCAUUCACCUCUCCUCGGCCGUUGCAGCUAAACAGAUCAUCAAAGAAGAACUCAAGCCGCGGGGCGUCAGAGCCGAGGCAGAGUGUGCGGGCAUGCUGGAGUCCGCCGAGCAGCUGCUGGUGGAGGACCUGUACAACCGCGUCAGGGAGAAGAUGGACGACACCAGCCUGUACAACACCCCCUGCAUCCUGGACCUCCAGAGGGCCUUGGUCCGGGACCGCCAAGAGGCCCCCUGGAACGAGGUGGAUGAGGUCUGGCCCAACGUCUUCAUAGCGGAGAAGAGCGUGGCUGUGAACAAGGCGAGGCUGAAGAGGCUGGGAAUCACCCACAUCCUGAAUGCUGCUCAUGGCACUGGCGUCUACACUGGGCCUGAGUUCUACACCGGCCUGGAGAUCCAGUACCUGGGUGUGGAGGUCGAUGACUUCCCGGAGGUGGACAUCUCCCAGCAUUUCCGGAAGGCAGCGGAGUUCCUGGAUGAAGCCCUGCUGACUUACAGAGGGAAAGUCCUGGUCAGCAGCGAGAUGGGCGUCAGCCGCUCAGCCGUGCUGGUGGCCGCCUACCUGAUGAUCUUCCACAACAUGGCCAUCCUGGAGGCCCUGAUGACUGUGCGCAAGAAGCGGGCCAUCUACCCCAACGACGGCUUCCUGAAGCAGCUCCGGGAGCUCAAUGAGAAGCUGAUGGAGGAGAGAGAAGAGGACUUCGGUCGGGAGGGGGGAGGAGAGGAGGCAGAGGAGGGAGAGGAUGCAGGAAGCACGGUCGGGGCCAGAGUGCACGCCCUCACGGUGGAGGAGGAGGACGAUGCCACCAGCCACCUGAGUGGCUCCUCCUUGGGGAAGGCCAGCCGGGCCUCCAAGCCCCUCACCCUCAUCGAUGAAGAGGAGGAGGAGAAGCUAUAUGAGGCGUGGAAGAAGGGGCAGGGCCUCCCCACAGGCAAGGCCCCCCAGGGCGGAGACGGCAGUUGCUCAGCCUCCUCUGGCCGGGGCGAGGAAGAGCCUGAGGACGAGGAUGUGGAGCGAAUCAUCAGGGAGUGGCAGAGCCGGAACGAGAGGUACCAGGCAGAAGGGCACCGGAGAUGGGAUCGGGAGGAGGAGGAGGAGGAGGGUGAUGACGGCUCCUUCGUGCAGAGAAGACGGAGGCACACCCUGAGUGAGAGCAGCACCUCCGAGAGCGUGAGCAGCCAUGACAUCCGGGUCCUGAAGCAACAGCUGGAGAUGAGCAGCCUGAACCGAGGUGGGAGACGCCGCUCCGACUCGGUGUCCACGGAGAGCACCUGGGACAUGUGGAACCAGAGGCUGCUGGAGAUUGAGAAGGAAGCUUCCCGGAAGUAUCACUCCAGGAGCAAGAGGGAGGAGGUGGACACGAGCUCAGAGGUGGGGAGCCGGGUGCGGGAGGAUGACGAGGAGAGUGUGUCCUCGGAGGCCAGCUCCUUCUAUAACUUCUGCAGCAGGAACAAGGACAAACUCACUGCCCUGGAGAGGUGGAAGAUCAAGAGAAUCCAAUUUGGAUUUCACAAGAAAGACAGGGAGGCCGGGGACAGCAGCAGUGAGCAAGGUACAGAGGAGGCCGAGGGGGAGAAGAGCAUCUCUGAUGUCAACUUGUCGGCCUACCAGGCCUGGAAGCUGAAACACCAGAAGAAGGUGGGCAGUGAGAACAAGGAGGAGGUGGUAGAGCUCAGCAAGGGAGAGGACUCGGUCUUGGCCAAGAAGAGGCAACGGAGGCUGGAGCUGCUGGAGAGGAGCAGGCAGACGCUGGAGGAGAGCCAGUCCAUGGGAAGCUGGGAGGCAGAUAGCUCGGCUGCCAGUGGGAGCAUCCCCCUGUCUGCAUUCUGGUCCGCAGCCCCCUCAGUCAGUGCUGAUGGGGACACAGCAUCAGUGCUCAGCACCCAGAGCCAGAGCUCCCACGCAUCUCAGGUUCUAAGCAACACCGGGGAAUGCUUGGCAUCCGCCCCCACCACACCUCUACCUAACCUGCCAGUGGGCCCUGGGGACACCAUUUCCAUCGCCAGCAUCCAGAACUGGAUCGCCAGCGUAGUCAAUGAAACUCUUGCCCAGAAGCAAAACGAAAUGCUGCUGUUGUCCCGCUCCCCGUCAGUUGCAAGUAUGAAGGUGGCCCCAGCAGCCAGCUGUCUGGGGGAUGACCAAGUCUCCAUGCUCAGUGGACACAGCAGCUCCUCGCUGGGUGGCUGCCUACUGCCUCAAAGCCAGGCGAGACCCAGCCCCGACACGCAGUCCAUGCUGUCCUCCCAUACCACGCUGAGCUCCAGGGCUGCCGAAGGCACUGGGAGCAGAGUGAGGGGGACCAGCAAGCCUAUCUACAGCCUCUUUGCUGACAACGUCAACCUAAAGGAGCUUGGCCGGAAGGAGAAGGAGAUGCAGAUGGAACUGAGGGAGAAGAUGUCCGAGUACAAAAUGGAGAAGCUGGCCUCCGACAACAAACGCAGCUCCCUUUUCAAGAAGAAGAAGGUCAAGGAAGACGAGGACGAAGACGUGGCUGAUAGGGAUGGGGACACUGACAGCGCCAUAGGGAGCUUCCAGUAUUCUUCCCGCAGUAAUUCCCAGAAACCAGAAACAGACACCUCGUCCUCGCUGGCUGUCUCUGAUAGCUAUGGAAGUGGCAGCAGAGCUGGCAAAGAGAUGGAUAGCAGUAUCAACAAGUGGCUCAGUGGCCUCAGGACAGAGGAAAAAUCUCCUCCUCAGAGUGAUUGGUCCGGAAGCUCCAGGGGGAAGGGCGCCAGAUCUUCGCUGCUCCGGGAGACGGAGUCUAAAUCCUCCAGUUACAAGUUCUCCAAAUCCCGGUCAGAGGAGCAGGACACCUCGUCCUACCACGAGGCCAAUGGCAACUCCGUAAGAAGCACUUCGCGGGUCUCUUCCUCCUCCACCAGGGAGGGCAGAGAGAUGCACAAGUUCUCCAGGUCCAUGUUCAGUGAGACCUCAAGCUCCCGAGAGGGAAGCCCAGAGCCCUACUUUUUCCGCCGGACCCCCGAGCCCUCAGAUGAGGAAGAGCCCCCAGAACCACGGCAUCCGACUGGGGCCAGACCCAGGGACUGGGAGGAUGUGGAAGAGUCAUCCAAGUCUGACUUUUCUGAAUUUGGAGCCAAGAGGAAAUUCACCCAGAGCUUCAUGAGGUCUGAAGAGGAGGGAGAGAAAGAGAGGAUGGAAAACAGAGAAGAAGGGAGGUUUGCUUCGGGGCGGCGGUCUCAGUAUCGGAGAAGCACUGACAGGGAGGAGGAGGAAGAAAUGGACGAUGAAGCCAUCAUCGCUGCCUGGAGACGCCGGCAAGAAGAAACCAGGACUAAGCUGCAGAGAAGGAGGGAGGAUUAGCUGGGCAAAGUGGAUCUGGGAGAGACUGAGAACACAGGGAGCAGCCGCACGUGCUGCUAAGCACAGGGCUCAGGGCACGCAUUGCCACAGCCCAUCAAGGGACAAGCAUGUGGAGAGGAUCAUACGGAAGGUGAAAUGGGAGGUACCAGGUGGAAGGGCACCAGAGGUGGGGCAGGUGAGAGCUGAAGAAGAAGAA